UUGCGUGUGAUUGCAGUACAUGAGAGUAGUGGGAAUCAAAAUAUUUUGACUAGCCUGUGCAAAUGCAUUAUAAGCCUGGUGUUUUUCUAUUUCGUCAUUCAUCAGUGCAGUUUAUUGUUAUGUCGCGUAAGCGUAAGAGCUUUACAUGAGAAAAAUAUGUUGUGAAUUGUUAAAUUGAUCAUUCCGUCGAGCUCAAUGUUAGUGAAAACGAUAAUGAGUGCUCAAUACUAACAUUUUCAAGUAAUUUACGAGUGUGAAAGUUAAAUUUAUAUCGGGCAAUCAAUAAAACAAACCUUGUGAAAACGAAAGCGAAGGUGCAUAUAAUCAUGGUGGACACCUAACCUAAGGAAAAACAUCCUUUUUAGGUUUCUUUUGUAACGUUUUCGAGGAGAAGUAUGUGCAUUUCUAAACUACACGGCUUCUGUUCCCAGUGGCGAAGCUGGAUCCGGCCUCUGUUGAUUGUGACGUACGUGCUAUUUGUCAUAAUCGUUGUCCCGUUGCUGAUCAUCAACUCGGUUAAGGAUGGCUUCACUCGCAAAGAUCAGCUCAUUCUCAUCGGCGGACUUUUUGUCAUUUCGGCAUUGCCAAUCUCAAUCUGGCAAAUUACACAACACAUCGUGCAUUUUACGAAGCCAAUUUUGCAGAAACACAUUAUCAGAAUACUUUGGAUGGUGCCUAUUUAUGCUUUGAAUGCGUGGCUGUGCUUGAUCUUUCCGGAACAUUCAAUUUACAUGGACAGUAUUCGAGAGUGCUAUGAAGCGUACGUAAUAUACAACUUUAUGAAAUAUCUGCUGAACUACCUGAACCUGGAGAUGGAUCUGGAGCGCACGCUGGAGUACAAGGAUCCGGUGAAGCAUUUCUUUCCCUUAUGCUGUUUGACUCCAUGGCCGCCGGGACGGGAAUUUGUACACAACUGCAAACAUGGCAUCUUACAGUACACCGUGGUACGACCAAUAACAACCUUUGUGGCUUACAUUUGCGAGGUUAACGGUGUCUACGGGGAAGGACUGUUCGAAACAGAUGUGGCAUUUCUGUACAUAGUUUUCAUCAACAAUUGUUCUCAAUUUAUCGCCAUGUACUGCCUGAUGCUGUUCUACAAGGCUAACAAGGACGAGUUGAAACCGAUGCAACCUAUCUGCAAAUUUCUUUGCAUUAAAACAGUGAUAUUCUUCUCGUUUUUCCAAGGGGUGAUCAUCUACAUGUUAGUGUAUUUCGGAUUCAUCACCGAUAUUUUUGGUUCGGAAAAAUCCGAUGAUCCCAAGCUACUAUCCUCAAAGUUGCAAAAUUUUCUGAUUUGUAUUGAGAUGUUCUUGGCAGCUCUGGCUCAUCACUACAGUUUUUCUCAUCAACCAUACGAAAUGAAUAUUCCAUUCCAUAGCAUGAGUAGUGGUUUCGGUAGUAGUAUAAAUGGAAAUAGCAAUACAUCGUGGUACAGUGCGUUGCUGAACAUGCUGGACAUGUCGGAUGUUCAUCAGGACGUCAGUGAACAUUUUGGUGUGAUGGGAAGCUCGUUGAGCCGGCGGUUACGGGGUAGAACAACUUAUCAAACCCCCCGAGGAGGCAGUGGACUGUGUGACAUCGGGGGAGGCUCGGAACGUGAGUACUUGGUACCGACAAUGGGUGGUAAUGCCUCGAGUAGUUCUAGUGCAGGUCACUGUUAUCAAAGCGGAAUUAAUCAGUUGAGCAGUCAGAUGUACUCAAACGUUCCUAAGUCAUCGCAAUACCGCUACGGAACGCUGGACAGUGGUAUUAGCAUAGUAAAACCAAAGAUGGAUAAACUCGUGGAGACACCCCACGAAGGGGCUCCCAAAGCCACCAGCAAUUUCAGUCAGUAUCAAAAAAAUUUCAUGCUGACAAGCGCGUCAAGCAAUGACAAUUUGAACUCUAUUAAAAGUGAAGUCACCACUUCCAGCGGUUCCAAUCAGAAAACUGUUGCCAAUACUGCCAGUGAGCGAUCAUCGGUAAACACGACGAACAAUACGGCAUCCACGUCGGAAUCCAAUCUAAGGAAAUCGGAGAGCAACAACAGCGAUUGGCUGAGCACACCUGACGAAGAUCUGGGAAUUGACGUGAAAGGACUGGGCAACGAUCGGAUCAACUAUCAACCGGAUCGGCGAGCGUGAAUAUAUCAAAUUUAGGUAAAUUUUAUACUAGUGAUUCCUACAUGUAAUAACACUGCGAUCAAGUAACUCAUUUCUACGAAUUAGCAUAAUUUAUCAGCGAAUGCCAAAUGAUGGUGAAAAAGUAUAGUUUACAAAUUUUAGUCAAUAUUUAUAAUAUAUUUAGUUUUGCUGCAGGUUACUGUAAAUAAACGAAAAGUAGAUGUCGGUUGAUUUACCUGUAUUGUAUCUAACUAAUUAGGAUAACAGUUUUCUUAGGAUUCGUUUGCAUAAUUUUCAAUUAGACUGUUACAAUCACAAUAAAUGAAGCUAGUAAUGAAGUACUGCCAUCGAUUUUGGUUGUGUCAAUUGAAAGUAUCAGCUAUUUAUCCUAAAAUAAUAGAAUAAAUCGACGUUGCUUGCAUCUUUAUUGGAAAUCCAGAUAAAGGCACGAAGAAAAAAAUCAUCUAGUAGAGACACUUCUGUAACGAUUUUCAAAGUGUUAUCAGAUACUGUGACACAAAAAAAUGCUAGAUGUUUAUGUAUAGGUGUGCAAUUGUAUCAAAAAGAUCUCUGCUACAUUAACUUAAACACAAUAUUUACUUUACACUAUGGAUUUAUUUUCCUCUUGAAUGCAUUGCGUUAUCGGUAUUCAUGUCACCAUAAGUCAACAGUACUAGCCACAAGCCCAGAUACAUUACAUUGUAUUGGCCGAAAACUGUUGGAGGUUAAAAAUAGUGACCGAAAUACAAAUAAGUAUACGUACAUUGAUGGAGUGGAAUAAAAGGGAAACAAAUCCCUAGUGUUUAAUAAAUACAUUCUGGAAAAAAACGAACAAAAGUUAAAUUGGAAUCUAAAAGCAGGUAGUCCAAGUGAAAGGCACCCUACUCAAAAUUCAAUGCCGUGAUACUUAUUUACGCCUAAUGUAUAACAUUAUAUUGUUCAUCACGAAAUUUGACAGAUCAAUUUUUGUGAUUGGCAAAUGCAAAUAUGUAGCAUUGUCUCAUAUGGACGGAAUAAAAAUGGAAAUCUCAAGAAACUUCGACAGCUACUGUUAAGAACGAUUAUUUUACACAGUGCAUUAACGAGAUAUUUAUAUUUAACCUAUAGCUGAAAAAACCUCACGAAAACUAUAAGAAAUUUUAAAUAUUUUCAUGAUUUCCUCAAAUCUGGAUUUUUGUUAGAUGACGGGUUAAAAGCAAGCUCGAUCUAGUUAAAAGAAAAGAAAAAGACGUAUCCUGAAAAGAUAUCGUGAAUGGGGUCAACAAAUCGCUAAAUAUAUUUAUUUUUUCCCAAGAUUGAUUUGAUAACAAAUUUUAAAGAAACGGUCGCUUUAUCGAAUUUGGUACAUAUAUCUAUUACAGAAUGGCUGCUUGGAAUAUAUGUAGAACGAAUAAUAAAAAACUA